AUGGAGACCUCAACUUCCAGGAUCGUUCUUGCUGUACCUAAACAGCAUGUCAAAACUGUAAAGUCUGCCCUCGAGCGGGCCGGACAGUUAGAUCGGAGCAGCAAGAUCGUCCCUGAGUUGGAUGACAGAAGAGCACCAGAGGCUGUCAUAGAUUCGGCUGGCCCGAGUCAAGGUGCUGAUUUAUCAAAGGCAUCUUCACCUGGAGAAGACACUGCGGCAUCACCAAACCUUACACAGCAGUCACGCUUCCCGAGGCUCCACUUCGACGCGACCAGCGGCGAAUAUGUCGACCAGUCAUUCUUGGAAGACAGAGCUCAGCGCGAAAACCGAAGCAUUGAGAACGAGACUUCGAGCCUGGCGGCCGAGGCACCUGGUGAUCGCGACAAUCAUAUCAGGUUUCCAGCCCUGCAGUUCGAUGUGGUUAGAGGAGAAUAUGUUGAGCCUUCUUCCAUGAAUGCGGAGGCUGAUAAGGCUAGAGAGCCUGACCAAAAGCGUAUGCGUAUCCCCACGACCAUUCCGUGCCCUACGCAAAUAAACGGCACAAACGAAAUCCUGGAUCUAGAGGCUGUAUUGUCCAAGAUAAUAGAUAAUCUUGCAUUGGACGAGAUCUCCACAGACAUAUCUAUCUCACACCACGUCCCAAGCACGGGAGUAUCCCCGCAUGGAGUUCACCAAAGCCCACUACAUAAGGCUUUAGGAACCGCGCUCACUUUACUCCCGGAUCUUGCAUCCAUAACGCAUACACUCACGGUCGAAGCACUUGUCACAGCUUUCCCAGAUGGAUACUCAGUGUACAAACCCAUGCUUCUCCUUCCGCACAACGCCUUAUCCUCCACACCGUGGCGAACCCUCAUCGCCACCUAUCCACCAGACUCAGAGAAAAUGAAAGAAGUAUGGCGGGAUAUGGCGAUAUCAGUGGGCGCAACGCACGUCGCCAUCAACGCGCCUAUACCGAUAUCCACAUCUUCAACAUCAGCAUCAUCCAUCACCACGACAGGCGGAGAGAACAUACUGCGUAGCCCAACCAAUCUCACACCUCUAUACGGCAACUUCGGUCCUGCACCAACCCCACAAACCAUAACCUCACCAUCAGCAACAGACUUUGCCGACGCCCUCUGGGUGACUGCGCGCCAAAACGGUAUUUGGCAAACUUGGGCGCCGCUUUACACGAUGUUUAGCCGUGGCAAUGUGAAUGAGAAAGCAAGAAUAUUGAGUCUUCCUUCGGUCAAUGAUCUGGAUGUUGCGUCAACAGCCGUCGAUCUCUACGCUGGAAUCGGCUACUUCGCCUUCUCGUACAAGAAGAGUGGAGAUAGACGGAAUACAGGUAUCAGACAAGUCGCUUGUUGGGAGAUAAACCCGUGGAGUGUCGAAGGACUACGCAGAGGUGCUGAGAUGAAUGGUUGGAGCUGUCGAAUCCUCAAAGAUACUGACAUAGCGCGACUUCGUGAAAGUCUAGCAGUGGACGAUUCCGACUUCCACCAAGCGGAUCUUCUCGUCUUUCAGACGAGCAACGAGAGCGCUGAGACGGACUAUACGUUGCUCCCAUCGCGUAAGCCACCUAUUCGACACGUCAAUCUCGGGUUGCUGCCUUCGUCGAAGCUUUCCUGGGGUGUUGCGGUUGCAAUACUUGACAAGCAGAUCGGAGGAUGGAUUCACGUGCAUGAGAAUGUGGGUGUCAACGAUGUCGAGACGAGGCGAAAGGUUGUAGAAGGUGAAUUCCAGAGUUUGGUGGACAAGAGGGACGCCGCAACGAGAAGGAAGGCUCUGGUGGAACAUGUGGAGAAAGUGAAGAUGUACGCACCUGGUGUUGUGCACUGUGUUUUUGAUGUUGUUAUUGGAGGCGAUAUCUGA